CCUGAGUCCACUCUGCUGACUGUUGGUGGUGUCUGACCUGAGUCCCCUCUGCUCACACGAGCUUUAUGUGUGACCUCCAACACACACACUCCAUUACCUUCCAGCCAGCAGGUAGUGUGUGUGUCAGCGUGAUUCUCUAAACACACAUUAGCAGAGGUGUUUAAUCAUCAAUUGACACAAUGUCCCCCGAUCUCCUGCCCCUGUUCUCUCUCUCUCUCCUACUCAUUCUCCAUAGUGUCUGCAGCAUUGGUCAGGUGUGGGGUUAGUGAAUCAGUGGUCAGGUUUACGGUGUACGGUCAGGUGUACGGUGUGUCUGAAGCAGUGGUCAGGUCUGGGGUUAGUGUACGGUGUGUCUGAAUCAGUGGUCAGGUGUGGGGUUAGUGAAUCAGUGGUCAGGUUUAGGGUUAGUGUACAGUGUGUCUGCAUCAGUGGUCAGGUGUGGGGUUAGUGUACGGUGUGUCUGCAGCAGUGGUCAGGUGUGGUGUUAGGUAUGUGUGUGUGUUAGGGUUAGGUGUGUGUUAGGGUUAGGUGUGUGUUAGGGUUAGGUGUGUGUGUUAGGUGUGUGUGAGUGUUAGGUGUGCGUGUUAGGUGUGUGUGUGUGUUAGUGUGAGUGGUCAGUAAUGGCGUCCAACUCCACCACCCAGUUCUUUGCUCUGUCCCAGUCCUUCAGUAUCUCUGACAUCAUCAUCAUCGCUGCUUACUUCCUGCUCAACGUAGCCGUCGGCAUCUGGUCGUCGUGCAGGGUCAGCAGGAACACUCUGAGUGGAUACUUCCUGGCUGGGAGAGACAUGGCCUGGUGGCCGAUCGGAGCCUCUCUGUUUGCCAGUAGCGAGGGCUCUGGUCUGUUCAUCGGUCUGGCUGGAACAGGAGCUGCCGGAGGCAUCGCUGUAGCUGGCUUCGAAUGGAAC